AUGCACUUCAGACCCUUGGGGGGCUACUUUGGAAGCCAUCAGGUACAUUUCUCACUUUCAAAUCCCAGGCUCUCCUUAACAGGGUCACGCUGUUUUCUUACAGCACCACUCUUAUCCCAUUCACUUUCCAACAUCUCUCAAUGCGCACAUCGUGAUGCUCUCAGUCCUCUGAGGAACCAGCGUCCAUAUCGUGUUCGGCCACCGUUUAUGCCACGUCACACAAAGUGA